AUGCUGGCAAAACUGUGGAAGACGGCCUGGAGAGGUCGGUGGGCGGCUGCAGCGAGCCUGCGCAGGGCUCACACUGCCAGCGAUGACGAGCUCAGGGCCGCGAGGACAUGGCUGGCGCAGUUGACGGCCGAUACGAUUCCCAGGAGCAUCUGCGCGGUCUCAUUCAGCCGGUCCAGCGGGCCUGGAGGCCAGAAUGUGAACAAAGUCAACUCGAAAGCGACGAUUAAAGUGCCGAUGAGUGACUUGCUGCCCCUGGUGCCGAAGAUACUACAUCCGUCUAUCCGGUCGUCUCGAUACUACGCAGAGAACUCGCAGGCACUAGUCAUACAGGCGGACGACAGCCGGAAGCAGUCACAGAACCUCAAUGCCUGCUUCGACAAGCUGACUAGCAUGAUAGCAGAGGCCGGAAGGGCUGCUGUUCCCGGGGAAACCUCGCCUGAGCAGAAAAAGAAGGUCCAGAAGUUACAGAAGGCCGCGAAUGAGGCGAGAAUACGGAUGAAAAAGGCACACAGCAACAAGAAGAGCAGCAGAAAAGGCAGGUCAGACGAAUGA